AUGUUUAAUGGGACCAAUACCAGCGGAGCUUCUGCUUCAAAGAAGCGAGAAACUUUUGACGCUGAUUUAGUAAACGAGCAUGAAUCUCAGGCAAAAAAAGCAAAGAUUUACACGGUAAACGAGCAACCAGUCGUUGCAGAUGUUUUUGAACAGGAAGCUGUUCGAGAGGUACCUGCAACUGCUGAUCUAACCUCUGACGCGCCGAUUACAGAAAGUAGAGUUACAUUAACUCACCAAGUUCGACAUCAAGUUGCUCUUCCCCCUAAUUAUCCAUAUGUGCCCCUUGCCGAACAUGUGUCACCGCCAGAAUUAGCGCGUACAUACCCUUUCACACUUGAUCCAUUUCAAAAAGUGGCAAUUAAUUGUAUAGAGAGAUCAGAGUCGGUAUUAGUGAGUGCUCAUACUUCGGCAGGCAAAACAGUGGUUGCUGAAUAUGCAAUAGCUCAGGGCUUGAAAAAUAAGCAACGAGUCAUUUACACCAGUCCUAUCAAGGCAUUAAGCAAUCAAAAAUAUCGAGAAUUGCAAGAAGAGUUUGGCGAUGUAGGAUUGAUGACAGGAGAUGUUACAAUCAAUCCAACUGCAAGUUGCCUUGUUAUGACAACCGAGAUUUUACGCGCUAUGCUUUACCGAGGUAGUGAAGUAAUGCGUGAAGUAGCAUGGGUUAUUUUUGAUGAAAUUCAUUAUUUGCCUCGUGGAGUUGUAUGGGAAGAAACGAUUAUAUUGUUACCUCACCAGGUUCAUUACGUAUUCUUAUCUGCAACAAUUCCAAAUGCUAUGGAAUUUGCAGAGUGGAUAUGUAAAAUACAUGAGCAGCCGUGCCAUGUGGUAUAUACCGACUUCCGCCCUACACCUUUGCAACAUUAUGUAUUUCCUUCAGGGACUGAUGGUAUUUAUAUGGUUGUCGACGAGAAGGGCGUAUUUCGCGAGGAUAUUUUCCAACAAGCGAUCGCUGCAUUAAAAAAGGAUUGGGAAGGAGAUUAUCCGCUAGGUGGUAAAAGCAAAAAAGGCAAGAGAGGACGAAAUGAGCAAGCAAAAGGACCAUCGGACAUGUAUAAAAUUGUUAAAAUGAUCAUGCAAAAGAAUUAUAAUCCGGUUAUAGUUUUUUCUUUUAGUAAAAAAGAUUGUGAACAUUUAGCGCAAGACGUCACUUUUGAUUUUAACGAUGAAACUGAGAGAGAAAUGGUGCAGCAAGUUUUCACCAAUGCUAUCAGUUCUCUAUCAGACGACGAUCGUAAUCUCCCUCAAAUAGGUGCCAUAUUGCCCCUCUUGAAGCGUGGGAUUGGUAUUCAUCAUUCAGGUUUAUUGCCUUUCUUAAAAGAAGUGACUGAAAUAUUAUUCCAAGAGGGUUUAAUCAAAGUUUUAUUUGCCACCGAGACUUUUUCAAUGGGUCUGAACAUGCCGGCAAAGACUGUCGUCUUUUCAAACGUGAAAAAGUUUGACGGGGAAACCACGCGAUAUGUUUCUUCUGGUGAGUAUAUUCAAAUGUCGGGUCGGGCUGGUCGAAGAGGUCUUGAUGAACGUGGAAUCGUAUUUAUGAUGGUUACUGAGAAAAUGGAUCCGUCUGUUAUUAAAAAUAUGAUAAAGGGAGAAGCGGAUCAUUUGACAUCUGCAUUUCAGUUAAAAUAUGUUAUGAUAUUAAACAUGACUAGAGUAGAAGGGUUCAGUCCCGAAUACAUUCUUCAACGUAGUUUCUAUCAAUUCCAAAAUACUGCUAGUUUACCCGCUCUAGAAGAGGAACUUGCACGUCUCGAAGAAGAAAAAGCUUCUCUUGAUAUACCCGAUGAAGAGGUUAUCGCGGAUUAUUAUCAACUGCGUGAACAAUUGGAAACUUAUUCAAAAGAUAUGCGUGAUGUAAUAAACCAGCCGAAUUAUUGUUUGCAUUUUCUGCAGACCGGAAGAUUGGUCAGGGUUAAGCAUGAUAAUAUGGAUUUUGGUUAUGGCAUGGUGGUGAGCUUUGAGAAGAAAAAGGAAACGGAAAGCACUCAAAAUUCAACACAAGUCAAUAAAAAGUCUCAAUACAUUGUUGAUGUACUGCUUUAUUGCGAUGCGAAAUCUAGUGUCGCCAAAAAUGCCGAUGGAAGUACAACCGGUGUGAGACCUUGUCCUGAGAACCAAAAAGGAGAAAUGAUGGUUGUUCCCGUAGAUUUAGCCUGUCUGGAUGGAAUAACGGAGAUCCGUAUUUUCCCUCCAAAAGACCUUAAACCGCUAGAGCAACGUAAUUCAGUUUAUAAAAGUAUGCAAGAAGUGUUCCAAAGAUUUACAAAUGGACCACCUUUUUUGGAUCCUGUUAGUGAUAUGGGAAUAACAGAUGAACAAUUCAAGAAAUUAAUGAGGAGAAUUGAAGUCCUCGAGACUAAACUUUUACAGAAUCCAUUGCAUAAUUCUCCUCGACUUCCCGAAAUUUAUGAUAUGUAUAGCAAGAAGAUGCUAAUAGAAAGAAAAAUUAAGGGGCUCAAGAAAAAAAUUCAAUCCGCUCAUUCUAUUAUGCAACUAGACGAACUUAAAUGCCGGAAGCGUGUAUUACGACGAUUGGGUUAUAUUACCGCCAGUGAUGUUGUAGACAUUAAGGGUCGUGUUGCAUGUGAGAUCAGUUGUGGUGACGAAUUAGUGCUCACCGAAAUGUUAAUGAAUGGGGUUUUUAAUGAUUUGUCCGUUGAGACGACGGCUGCUGUGAUGAGUUGUUUUGUCCAGAUGGAAGCUGAAGAGACAGGUGCUACUCUAAAAGAAGAAUUUAUGAAACCAUUUCAAAUAUUAAAAGAAACUGCACGACGAAUUGCGCAAAUCAGUAUAGAAUGUAAAGUGCCAAGUAUGGAUGAAGAAGAAUAUGUCCAACAAUUUCAUUCGGACAUGAUGGAAAUAGGAGCGAAAUUUGCGGAAAUAUGCAAAUAUACAAGUAUGUUUGAAGGCAAUAUAAUCAGAAAUUUCCGUAGUUUAGACGAACUACUUCGUACAAUGGUCUCUGCAACCAAGAUUAUCGGAAACAUUGAACUUGAGAAUAAAUUUUCAGAAGCUAUGGAGAAGAUAAGGCGAGAUAUUAUAUUUGCAGCUUCCUUAUAUCUAUAG